AUGUCGUUAGAGGACAAGUACGAGACGCUGGAGAAGAUUGGCCAUGGCUCCUUUGGCAUCAUCCGAAAGGUCCGUCGCAAGGCCGACGGCUUCAUCAUGUGUCGCAAAGAAAUCUCGUACCUUCGCAUGUCGCAAAAGGAGCGCGAGCAGCUCCAUGCCGAGUUCCAGAUCCUGUCGCAUCUGCGCCACCCGCACAUCGUCGCCUACUACCACCGCGAGCACCUAAAAGCGAGCCAAGACCUGCAUCUAUACAUGGAAUACUGCGGCAACGGCGAUCUGGGCCGCGUCAUCAAGGACCUGCAGUUGAAGGGCCAGAGGGCCCAGGAGAGCUUCGUCUGGAGCAUAUUUAGCCAGCUGGUUCUGGCGCUGUAUCGUUGCCAUUACGGCAUCGACCCUCCCGAAGUCGGCGGCAACGUCUUGGGCAUCACAGGAGGAAACGCCCCCAAGACGCCGGCCGGAGCAGUGACGAUCCUACACCGAGACCUGAAACCCGAAAAUGUCUUUCUCGGUGAGGACAAUUCCGUCAAGCUGGGUGACUUUGGUCUUUCCAAGAUGAUCAAGUCGCAGGAUUUCGCUUCCACCUACGUCGGUACUCCGUUCUACAUGUCGCCCGAAAUCUGCGCCGCCGAAAAAUACACACUCAAGUCCGAUAUCUGGUCGCUGGGGUGCAUUAUCUACGAACUCUGCGCUCGCGAGCCGCCCUUCAACGCAAAGACACACUACCAACUCGUCCAGAAGAUCAAAGACGGCAAAAUCAACCCCCUGCCAGACAUGUACUCCCCCGAACUCAACCAGGUCAUCAAGGACUGCCUCAAGGUCAACCCCGAUAGGAGACCCGACACUGCGCAACUGCUGAACUUGCCGGUUGUGAAGCUCAUGCGCAAGGAGAAGGAGGUGGUUGACCUGAACAAGGCGCUCAAGGCACGCGAGGAGAUUCUUCGCGAAAAGGAGACGGAGCUGAAUCUGCGGCUGGUGAACCUGGACAAGGAGAAGCAUCUAAUGCGGCAGGAGAUGCGAGAGGAGAUGCGAGAGGAGAUUGAUGCGUCUAUCCGAAGAGAGUGGGAGGUCAAGGCCCGGCUAGAAAUCGACCGCCAGAUCAGCGUCGAAGUGGAGAAGCUCAAGAAGCAGUUUGACGAAGAGGUCAGGAAACACGUGGAGAGAGAGCUGGGGAGAGAGCUGGAGAGCCGCCGUAAGAGGGCCGCAUCGCCGCCGACGGAAGAGGUUCAAAACGAUUCUCCCCACGCAAAAUCAGAACACGCACACACGUCGUCUGCCGACGGAAGCGGCGACGAGUUCCCUUCGACCACCGACAUCACCGAGCUCUCCUACACGGCGGUCGAGAGUCCCGACAUCAUCAAGGAAGUCAAGCGGACGGCGCGGACGCCAUAUGGUAGGGCGCAAACCUUUGCCGGCCACAUGUCGACCCCCAUGGACAUUGAGAUGACAUCCCCUGACCCCAUGGCCCUUGCCACGCUGUCGCUGUCGCCGCGCCGCCGCGGAAAAGCGAGGCCGCCAACGCAUCAGGGUAACAUCUUUGCUGCGAAUGCGACGACAACGUCCAACCCCGAAAAUUGGGAGAGAGAUGGCGCCAGCCUGGACUCAGACGACGAAGACAUCACUCCGCCCUCGCCAACAAGACACAGGUCCUCUAGAAAUCCCUUCACCAGCAAGAACCGGCCGAUCCUCAGCUCACAGAAGACUUCGAGUGUUGCCGCCCGCAUUAGGACCAGCGCGGGCACCUCGAGCGGCUUCGUAUCCAAGGUUGCUGUGCCGCCUGCGCAGACAAGCAGCCGCACGCGCUCUCCGGUUAGCCGGUUGAAUAAGGUUCCCUCCGUCGCCAACCUGGGGCUGCAGAACACGGUCAGCGAGGCUAACACCCCCUCUCCCAUCUCCUCCUCCUCGUCGAGCCUAUCGCGCAGGAUAUCUACUAGGAAGGACGCGGCCGAUGCGCACAACAAGGUGGCUAAGAACAACCUUAAGGGCCGGACACUUGUUGAGCUGCAGCAGGCGCGCGCAGGAGGCCGGCCCAUGAGCGUCUCGAGCAUCUCGGGCGUCUCGGGCGUGCCGCUGGGCGAGAACGUGAGCCCUAAGAGGUCGCGAGGCACAGCAUAUCGGGAUCGCGUGGUCAGCUCCGGACACGAGCCGGUGGCCGUGUGGGACCCGGAGCGGGACGAGAUGCCGAGUCCGUUCCUGGACCGGCGCCGCAUUGCACGGGUUUAA